ACCCACUUGGAAACUUUUGUCUCUCUAUUUAUAGCUGUCUUUCUAGUUGCUUCUUCCCAAGCAAUCACAAUGGUUCUGUUUCUCUCUCUCAUCUUAUCACUCAUUCUCUCUUUCUGCCAUGCCUCAUCUUCUGCUGCUAUUCCUCUUCAGCACCUUGAUGGACUUGUGCAGAAUGGAGACUUUGAAGAGGCACCAGCAAGAUCAAAUCUCAAGAAGACAGUAAUCACAGGGAAGUAUUCACUUCCCAAGUGGGAAAUCAAUGGCAUAGUGGAGUACGUUUCAGGUGGGCCACAGCCAGGUGGCUUUUAUCUAGCCAUUCCACGUGGGGUCCAUGCAGUGAGAUUAGGAAAUGAGGCUUCAAUUUCUCAGAAUUUGAGUUUGAAGCCAGGCUCAGUCUAUUCAAUCACAUUUGGGGCCACUAGGACCUGUGCCCAAGAUGAAGUAUUAAGAGUCUCAGUCCCUGGACAGUCAAGUGAUCUCCCACUUCAAACACUUUACAGCAGUGAUGGUGGUGAUACUUAUGCCUUGGCUUUCAAAGCUGUUUCUCAAGUUGUUAAGCUCACAUUUCACAAUCCUGGAAUUCAAGAGGAUCCCACUUGUGGCCCUCUGGUUGAUGCUGUUGCUAUCAAGGAGAUUUUACCUCCCAGAUACACCAAAGGUAACCUGGUGAAGAAUGGUGGGUUUGAAACAGGACCUCAUGUGUUCAACAACUUCUCAACAGGAGUCCUCCUACCUCCAAAGCAAAAAGAUCUAAUUUCACCACUUCCAGGGUGGAUCAUUGAAUCCCUAAAACCAGUAAAAUACAUUGACAGGAAACAUUUCUUUGUGCCAUCAGGAUUUGCUGCAAUUGAAUUAGUAGCAGGAAGAGAGAGUGCCAUAGCACAAGUAAUCAGAACAGUUCCAAACAAGUCCUACAAUCUCACAUUCACCAUUGGAGAUGCCAAAAAUGGCUGCCAUGGAUCUAUGAUGGUUGAGGCAUUUGCUGCUAAAGAAACACUGAAGCUUCCAUUUGAAUCACAGGGAAAGGGAGGAUUUAAGACAGCAAGUCUCAAGUUCCAGGCAAUUGAUUCCAGGACAAGGAUUACAUUUUACAGUGCUUAUUAUCAUACAAAGUUGAAAGAUUAUGGUCAUAUGUGUGGUCCUGUUUUGGAUGAUGUUAGUGUUGUUGCUAUUUCUUAAUUAAUCAGUUAUAGCUAGUAAAAUUUAUUACAGGGUAAUUUUUGAGUUCAUGAAGAAAUGGGUUUUUUGUUAUGUUGUUGAAAUGAAGUUGUAAUAGUGAAAUUAUGGGUUUUUUGAGGUUCAA